AUGCAGCGUCAGCGCUCAGGUUCCGAUGAAAGAAUUCACAUAGUUACUCUAGAUGUGCGAAAUUACAGCCCUGACGAGGUCAGUCUACGAGUUGAGGGGGACGUCUUAGUCGUGAAGGCUAAACAUUACUCCGACGGGAACUUUGGUUUUGAGCGCAGUGAGUUCCAGCGAACUUAUCCCGUCCCGCAAGAUGCAGAUCCCGCUAGCAUUACAUCAAAAAUAUCCAAGGAUGGUUAUCUGACUAUUGAAGCCACUAGAAAAAUUGUCAAGACAGAAGACGAUUUUCCGCUCGGAGGGUUUGAAACGCGCGCGGGAGAGGUAGCCCGAAUCGAUGAGAAGAAAUUCAGUGUUUUGUUAGAUGUGACAAACUUCGCGCCCGAGGAGAUCAAAGUGAAAGUUGUUGGCAAUGAAUUGACCGUUAGCGCAUCACACGAAUCCGAAACAGAGGGGCAUUACACUUCCCAGAAGUUUAAUCGUCAAUUCGUUUUGCCCAAAGACGUCGACAUGAAUUCUGUCGUGUCGCGUCUCACUGAUGAAGGAAAACUUCUGGUCGAAGCCGAAAGGCAAGCAUUGCCUCCCCCUAGGGAGAGAUUUAUCAGCAUUGCGAAGGGAAAAAAGGACUGA